AUGCGGUUUCUCUGCGUUUUGUCCUUGUUCCUCAUCAUUUGCUGCCAAUCAAUAACGGCGCAGCGUUUGAAUUGUUCAAGGAUUCGUGAGAAUUGUAGACCCUGCACCCGUCGCUUGGUGGAUCCUAUUAACAAUCUGGAGUUCAUUAACAGAGAUUGCAGGGAAAAAGUUGGAGACCGUUGGAUCUGGCGGGAUGUCAGGCGUUGCGACAUGCAAAUUGUUGCCUGCGAGAAUCAUGACAGCAGGUUGGAUUGUGAAACUGUGGCUAGGUUGGCUGGAAUGAGAAGACGUCGUGAUAUUGACUAA